AUGGGGGACAUGAGCGCCCAGAUCCCUAACCCCAAGGAGGUCCUGAAGCUCAUAGCCCAGGGGAGAGAGAUGGAGCAAGAAGACCCACAGAGAGCCACGGAGUUGCUGGCGGCCAGCACUGUGGCCUUCAGUGGAGAGGAGGAAGUACAGGAGGAAAAGGCAAAUGAAGAGGAGGAAGAGGAGGAGAGCCUACUUAAAGGUGACCUCAGAUGGACCUCUUCCCAGAUGGGGGCCACUCCUUGGCGCCACCUCCUCAAUUUAUACAAGCAGUUCCAGAAAUCAGCCAUGACCAAGUUUUCUUACCAGGAAGACUUGUCUGAUGAGGAGAAAGGAGAGGAAGUGGAGGAAGAAGACAGCUCGGCCAAGCUCUGUGACACACACAUUGCCACCUCCCAGUCACCACCGCAAAGGACUUUUAUGUCCACAGAGUCACUAGGUUUUGGGAAGUCGGAGCUGAAGAAGCUUCCAGCUGUACCCCGAGAGUCCCCACUCUGGAAUGUGGACAGCCCCAAGGACCAGGAGCUGCAGGUCCAAUCAGAGGUCACCAGGAAGGAGAGCGACAUGGUAAAAAUCUGGUGCCAGCAAGCAGAGGGGGAAGAAGGCUGCCCCCCAACUUUUGCGGAGUACUGGAGGCUUGAGGGAGGGCGGCUGAAGCUGGACCCUCCACCGGAAGGCAGGGUGCUGAGCACCCUUUGUGAGGCCUCUAGGAAUGAGCCUCUGUUCGUGGAAGAGCUGGAGGAGGUGGAGAACUGACGUGCUGGGAACAGUGCUG